AUGGGCGAAUCAGGUGGCUUCCCUCUUGACGAAGGCAGAUCCAUCAAAGUCUUACAUGCUAUCUGUCUCUGCGAUCGGGCCUGGGACGAAGCAUACCGCAUGAGCAAGCUCUCUGAGCCGGACCUCGGGGAGACAUACGAUGGACGAGGCUUUCUCAAGUUGUCUCGAUCGCACGAUGGCGACAUACUGAAGAGCCACUAUGUCGACCGCAAAGCUUGCAAUAGUGUCCUCAACGACUUCCAGUGGCGAGACUUUAUGUGCAUGCCAUCGAAGGAGUGCUCCUGUCCCUUCCCAUGCAUCCACUACUUUGAGUAUCGAGCGACAAUGAUUGAGCAAUUUGGAAAGCCGCCUGACGGAAUCAAAGCCAAGCACAUCUCUACAAAGUAUGAUCUAGCUCUCUUGCAAACCUGCAAGCUCAUCUACAAGGAGACCGCCAAACUACCUUACACGAGCAACACCUUCGCCUUCCAAGAUCGAAUGGCGCUGAACUUCUUCUUGGACAAGGUCCUUACCUCCGCUCAACGUGAUGCAGUGGAACGCAUCAACGUCUGCAUGCGAUCACUCGCAAACCCUACACUGCCAGAGAUCUUACCUAUUGGGUUGAAGGUACUGCAAUGUUUUGUGGUCAAUCAUGAUGUCGACUUCUCGAUCAAGUUCGGACCGUGGAAGAAUCGUCUUGAGCAUGUUGAGGUCAUUAGUGGUUGGGAUGGAAAGCGAUCUAUUCACGAGUGGCCUCGAUCUGCCAGGCGAGAACGAGCUAAGAGCUUGGAGGAGUUUCUGUCAAAGUCGGCACUACCAGCUGAUGUGACAUGA